AUGAACUUUAUGAUGGGAGGCAGUAGAUCUAAUGUAACUUCACAGAACACAGAGCUGGAAGUUCUGUCUUUCAUUAACUUCUCCAAGCUGCCAGACCUGGAUCUGGAAAGUUUGAAGAAUGGAAAAGAAUCUCAGACAAGAAGUACAGCCAAAACUGAGGUAAUAGCCGAAAACAGAGAAAAAGCAUCUGAGGACAUUAAAGUAGAAGCGAAAGAGAGCAACGGAGAGUCAGAAAAGAUGUGUGUUGAUGAAGAAAUGAAGAAGGUCCCAGCCGAAGCUCCCAAGGAAGGUGCAGGCGAUGAGGACAAUAACAAGUCUGCCUUCAAGAGACCUCGGAAGUUUGUCAGAACUCUGGUAGAAGACGUAGAAGUAUCGUCCUCCGUGCUAGGUGGACAAAUUGAUGGCCUGGUUGUAGUUUGUCGACAGCAUCCUGUUAAUAUCACCAGAGAGUUGCUUGAGUUCCUGAAGCCAGGCCACCCGUUUGUGGUGUUUUCCCCGUAUAAAGAGCCACUGAUGGAUCUCUUUAUGGAAGUGAAGGCCCAAGGAGCUACAAAUCUGAGACUGAGCGAGACGUGGUUGCGGCACUAUCAGGUCCUGCCCAUGAGGACACACCCAGAGAUAAACAUGUCAGGAGGCGGCGGCUACAUUUUAUGUGGCGCAAGAGUUAUGAGUCAGUAGCAGUGCAAGAAAGAUAAUGAAAGGAAAACUAAUUAAGAUAUAUUUUGAUAGGAAACCAGUAGUGCCAGCAUUCUUGACAAUAAUGUAAAUUUUGGUAAAUAUUUUGUUACCUCUAA